AUGGCCACACUUCUAUCUACACGCCGUGUACGUGAAAUUGCACCUGUAGUUACACGGCGUGAACGUGAAAUUGUACUUGUAGCUACACGCCGUGAACGUGAAAUUGCACCUGUAGCUACACGGCAUGAACGUGAAAUUGUACCUGUAGUUACACGGCGUGAACGUGAAAUUGUACUUGUAGCUACACGGCGUGAACGUAAAAUUGCACCUGUAGCUACACGCCGUGUACGUGAAAUUGUACCUGUAGUUACACGGCGUGAACGUGAAAUUGCACCUGAAGCUACACGGCGUGAACGUGAAAAUGUAAUUGUAGCUACACGCCGUGAACGUGAAAUUGUACCUGUAGCUACAUGGCGUGAACUUGAAAUUGUACUUGUAGCUACACGCCGUGUACGUGAAAUUGUACCUGUAGUUACACGGCGUGAACGUGAAAUUGCACCUGAAGCUACACGGCGUGAACGUGAAAAUGUAAUUGUAGCUACACGCCGUGAACGUGAAAUUGUACCUGUAGCUACACGGCGUGAACGUGAAAUUGUACUUGUAGCUACACGCCGUGUACGUGAAAAAGUACCUGUAGCUACAUGGCGUGAACGUGAAAUUGUACUUGUAGCUACACGCCGUGAACGUGAAAAUGUAAUUGUAGCUACACGCCGUGUACGUGAAAUUGUACCUGUAGUUACAUGGCGUGAACGUGAAAUUGUACUUGUAGCUACACGCCGUGAACGUGAAAUUGUAUCUGUAGCUACAUGGAGUGAACGUGAAAUUGUAUUUGUAGCUACACGCCGUGUACGUGAAAUUGUACCUGUAGUUUCACGGCGUGAACGUGAAAUUGUACUUGUAGCUACACGCCGUGAACGUGAAAUUGUACCUGUAGUUACACGGCGUGAACGUGAAAUGGCACCUGUAGCUACACGGCGUGAACGUGAAAUUGUACUUGUAGCUACACGCCGUGAACAUGAAAUUGUACCUGUAGCUACACGCCGCGUACGUGAAAAAGUACCUGUAGCUAUACGCCGUGUACGUGAAAUUGUACCUGUAGCUUCACGCCGUGUACGUGAAAUGGUACAUGUAGCUACACGGCGUUGA